AUGGCGGCGCUGGAAGGCAAGCUGCAGCUGCUGCAGAUUCAGCGACAGCUCUCAGCCGUCCGAUGCCAAGGCUUCAUCGAGAUGAUCCAAUCCUCGCUGCUCGCAGAGCAAGAAGAAGCCGCCGCCGCAUCCGCCGUGAAAUCCGCAGUAAAAUCUGCUGCAAGAUCCGCUGGCGGCAGUGACGCCGCAUCUGGCGGCGGCGCUGGCGCUGAUCCGAGGCUGACGAGGAAUGACGUCGAGCCGCUGGAUCGAUCGAGGCGCCAAUCGCGGCAGCUUUUCCGGCAUAUGUCGCUCGAAGUUCAUCCAACGGCCGGCAACCAAACCUGGAGAGAAGAUCUUAGCUUUUACGACGAACCCACGUCGUGCUCUCCACGCGUGCAGGGUCAUGGCGGAAACGCCGCUUCUCACGGUAGCCCUUCCCGGUUGCGUGGUUCCCCGCGACACAGAUCCCCGCGCAACGCUUCUGCGCGCGCACAGGCUAGCGCAUCCGCUUCGCCCCGCGCCCUUGCGCAAACGCCUGCUCUUCCGCGGCCCGGAUCACCUCUCGUUGCCGCGCCGGGCGCGCGUCAUCUUCCGCUUACUCCGCUCACGCGUCAAUACCCCCCUCUCUGCGCCUCCCUGCUACCACCUGGUAAACCCCUCCACCCACCAAGGCUCUCUCCCACCCGCGCCUGUCUUCCCUCCCCUCCACUUGGUAAACCCCUCCUCCCCACCACGGCUCUCUCCCCCUCCUCUUCAGAUACCCACUGGUACGCCAGAAGGUUCUCCUCCCACCCGCUCCAGGGCUCUCCCGCAGCGUCCACCCACUCAGCAUGGCUGGCAGCAGCACCACACUCUCCCACCUGCUCUGACCCUCCCAGCUGCUCCACGCCCCCCCCGCAGCGUCCACCCACUCAGCAAGGCCGGCCAGUGGCAUGUGCUGCUGGGAGUAAGGAAUCGGUAUCAGUACCCUUUGUCCGCCCUGCCCUGUUUCCACUUGGUAAACCCCUCUACCAUUUCUCGCUCUUCCUCCUCACACACCCACUGGUAGGCCAGCAGAUUCUCCUCCCAUGCGCUCCACGGCUCCCCUCCCGCAUGCAACCACUGCAGCAUGGCUGGCGAAACAUGCUCGUGGGAGAAUGCCUCUACUCUCUCAGUGACCCCUGUCCGCUCUGCCCUGCUUCCACUGCGCAUACCCCUCAACCACCUCUCUCUCCUCCUCCCCAGAGAUCCACUGAUGGGCAAGCAGAUUCUCCUCCCACCUGCUCCACGGCUCCCCCUCAGCGUCCACCCACUGCAGCAUGGCUGGCAGCACGUGGCCUUCGGUUCCCCUCCAGCGUGCAACCACUGCAGCAUGGCUGGCAGCACGUGGUGCUGAGAGAAUGCCUCUUCUCUCUAGCACGUGCUGCUGGGAGACGGGGCUCAGUAGCCCCUCUCUGCUCUCCCCUGCAUCCACUUUGCAUACCCCUCUACAACCUCUCGCUCCCCCUCCUCCGAUACCCACUCAUAGGCCAGCAGAUUCUCCUCCCACCCGCUCCACGGCUGCACUAUAGGUGGGAGGGAGGAGUGGGCUUAGUACCCUCUCUCUGCUCUGCCCUGCAUCCACUUUGCAUACCCCUCGACCACUUCCCUCUCCUCCUCCUCACACACCCACUGGUAUGCCAGCUGGUUCUCCUCCCACCCACUCCACGGUUCCCCUUCCACCCUCCACUGACCUCAGUACCCUCUGUCUGCUCUGCCCUGCUUCCGCUUGGUAAACCCUCCCACCACAACCCGCUCCUCCUCCUCACACACCCACUGGAAUGCGAGGAGAGGAGGUUCUCCUCCCACCCACUCCACGGCUUCCCCUCAGCAUCCACCCAUAGCUGCAUGGCUGGCCGGUGGUACGUGCUGCUGGAAGUAGAGGGUCAGGACUAG